CAGACCAAAAUUUUAAAUUCUUUCCUCCCUCUGCCCCACCACCAUUCAUCAAAUCUGCUCUUCGGCGAAAGCCUUUCUCUCUCUGUCUCUUUCUCUCUCACUCACUAACGACCAAGAUUGCUGCGAUGGUGUCAAGGAAGAAGAGAACACCGGUGAAAUCCAUUAAGGACUGCCGCAAUGGCCGCAGUCGCCGGCAAAAAUCUCCAGUCAAACAUGUAGUUACCGCCUCCUCCGUGCUAGCCUCCAUCCAUCGUCGCCUCUCAAAGUUUUUCUCUAGAUUCGCGCGAAUCGGCACUCCCAAUAGUCACAAGGGAUACAAAAUUUUAAAGAAAAUGCGUUCUGAAGGACAGCAUUGCGAAGAAUCCUUGAACGACAUUCGCAGGACCCUUGUCUUCAACAACCCUCUUCCGCCCCUGAUUUCCACCGAUAAGAGAACCAUCUUUCUUGACCUCGAUGAGACCCUCGUCCACUCCAAGACGGACCCACCGCCGGAGAGGUUCGAUUUCGUCGUGCAGCCGAGGAUCGACGGUGUGGCUAUGAAUUUCUACGUGUUGAAGCGUCCUGGAGUCGAUGAAUUCUUGGAAUAUUUGGCCGCGAAGUUCGAGGUGGUGGUGUUCACCGCUGCCUUGAAAGAGUACGCAUCCGUGGUGCUGGACCGGCUUGACCGGAACGGCUUGAUUUCCCAUCGGCUUUAUCGGGACUCGUGCAAGCAAGUGGAAGGGAAGUUCGUGAAGGACUUGUCAGAGAUGGGGAGGGAUUUGAAACGGGCGGUUAUUGUUGACGACAACCCGAAUUCUUAUGAGAAGCAACCCGAUAAUGCGAUUCCGAUCCCGCCAUUCAUCGACGAUCUUCGUGACCAAGAGCUCCGAAAGCUGAUGAGGUUUUUCAGGGCAUCUGAUUACUUUGAUGAUAUGAGGACUGCCGUGAAAUACUACCUUGCCGAGGAAGAAUGUGCUCUGGAGUACUGAAAGAACUUCAAAUUGUUUGUGUUUUUAGAAUUCUUGCUUAUGCUGUAUCGAGAAAAAAGAGAGAAUUCUUUUAUUCUUUGCUCAAGGUUGAAGAGUUGAACAGUGAGAUGUUCAAUGUGGAAAUGAAACAAGUAGGGAUCGAUGUUGUAUUACUAAAUUCAUUUAUUCAAUAUUAGGUGCUAAUUUAGUUGAA